ACAAGACGCGCCAACCGCAGUGGCUACGUCGAGCACGACGACUUUGAAGGCCUCCCCGUCCGACAAUGGCGCCACGAAUGGGUCAAUGUCGCGCCCCCGGUCCAGCAGGAGCAGCAGCAGCAGAACGACAUCUGGGCCAUUGAGCUCCUCCACGGCAUGCCCAAGGACGCGGCCCUGCUGCCGCCGCACACCCAGGAGCUGCUGCGCGCUGCGCGGUCCGGCCGCCUCUACAAACGACCGCAUCCGGUCGAGGACGACGAGGGCGAUGGCGAGACAAUACUUGACAAGCCGGAGAAGAAGGACGACGACACCAGCUCGCAGGGGUACCAGAUAAGGGUCUGGAAGCAGCUUCCGAAAAAUGUCGAGGCUCCAGCCAUCUCCCACCUCGCUAAGCGCAGGAAGAACACCGUCACCGUGGCCAGCCGGACUGUCGAGGAAAAGGUAACUGGCCCGACGGUGACGAGGGCUACCGUCCGCCGGAUGGACGCUGCCGGCAAUCCUUACACGGAAGAGGUCACCCUAUCGGAGGGCCAGCGCGUGGACGGCGAGGUCAUUGCGACCAGAGUAGAGGCCGUGACCGCGGCUCAGCCAGACGCCUUUGCAGCUGCGCCGCCAUCUGCUGCGAGGAGGAGGCCGCCGCCGCCUAAGAGGAAAGCAAAGGCAGGGCCCGGAAGAGGCAAGAAGAAGAUGAAGCAGCCAUUGCCUGCAGAGAAGCCAGUUGCCGGAGCAGCGCCCGCCGCAGAAACUGGAGCCACAGCUGCAGUCAAGGCGGAGGUCAAGGAUGUUGUCACGCCCGUGCCCAACGGGAUCAAGCCUCAGAAUCAGGACAGCGAGAUGGGCGACGUUGACGGCGACGACGACGAAGAGGAGGAGGAAGAAGGAGACGAUGGCGACGAAGGCGAGGAGGGUGAUGAGGGCGAUGAGACUGUGGAUGUCGAGGCGCCAGAUGAGUCCAUGCUCGACGCUACAAAGGACCAGGACGAGACAAUGGCGGACGCAUCCCACAUUAUCGAUCAACCCGACGUCGAAAUGAAGGACGAGCAGCCCGCGCCCAGGGAGCCGUCGCCUCCCCAGCCGACAACCCUUUCCGCACCCGAAGUGCCAGAGGUGCCGUCAAAAAGCCCGUCUCUUCUGCCGCUCAAGCACGAAGACACCCCGCCCAGGAAUCCCGUCAUUGUGCCCUCGCCAUCCGAGCCAUCGGUACACGCCGAGUCCGCAGCAGAAACCGCGCUGCCUUUGUUAGACAUGCCGGCUGAGGAGACCACGGACUCGGUCGUUGCCGAACCGCCUUCCACAAUCGUCGGAGAGGCCCCUCAGGCAGCCAUUGAGCGCGAUCUCCCUCAGGUCGAGCUGCCUCCCCCCGAACAAGUGGGCAACAUCUCAAGCCCAAAGGCCGAGGACGGAAACUCUCGAGUCUCUGAGGAAUUACCCAAGGAUCAAGCAACGAACCAACCAGAGGUCAUUGCAAAGCCGGUCCUGCUACAUCAGCUGUCUGCAAUGACCGAGGACACCAUCAAGCCGGAAGACUCCAUCUCAGUAACGGCGCCUCUGCCAGAGUCAGAGGCACCUUCAGAGGUUGGAAACGUCUCCGCAGAUGGCGCAAAGGAGGAGGCUGCCCCAGCUGACACAGUAGCAGAUUCCGCUGCUGAACCCGAAACUGGAGCUCCUGACAUUUCUGGCGAUAGUGACGCUAACAAGGAAGAGGAGCCGGAUCUGUUGGGCGGCUUGAUGGGAGAGCUGGAUCGGCAGGCGGCUGCGUCACAGCUAUUGGAGCAAGUCAUUACAGGGGAUGCCGUGCCGGCCAGCGAGGUCAAGGCCGAGGAUAGUUCUGUUGAAGCGACACUGCCUGAGGCGCCUGAGCCGGAGGCUGACGCCGCACCGCCCGUUGUCGAAGCCGCUGCGGAGCCCGUUUCGGAGCCGGAGCUAGAGCCUCAGCCGGAGCCUCAACCGGAGCCUCAACCGGAGCCUCAACCGGAGCCUCAACCGGAGCCUCAAACAGACCCCGAAUUGAAAUCAGAAACAAAGCCAGUAUCGGGGCUGGAGUCGGCACCCGAAGCAGAGCCCGAAGCAGAGCCCGAAGCAGAGCCCGAAUCUGCGGCACCUGUACAGGCACCAGAGGAGCAGGCCGCAAAGGAAGCAACUCCUCCAGUGAAAACGAAGCCCGCUGCCGCGGAAGAGGAGAAGGAUAAGGAGGACCAGUCUGCCGACGCGUAG